UCUCGCACAGGUGUACCGGCUCCUCCCCUUCACUCUCGCACAGGUGUACCGGCUCCUCCCCUUCAUUCUUGCACAGGUGUACCGGCUCCUCCCCUUCAGUCAUUCACAGGUGUACCGGCUCCUCCCCUUCAGUCUUACACAGGUGUACCGGCUCCUCCCCUUCAGUCUUACACAGGUGUACCGGCUCCUCCCCUUCAGUCUUGCACAGGUGUACCGGCUCCUCCCCUUCAUUCUUGCACAGGUGUAUCGGCUCCUCCCCUUCAUUCUUGCACAGGUGUACUGACUCCUCCCCCUGGUUCCUCUGAUGUCACUGCACAAUGGGAGUUUCCUGACAGGAGAACGUCCAGCAUCUUCUUGCUCUUUCUUCCCCAGGCUGACUGUCCCUGGCCCCACCCCUUUCAUUCAUUGAAUUUCAGUUCUGUCACCUCCCAUCAAGCCAUUUUUACAAUUUGCAUAACUCCUCCCACUGCA